AUGGACAUCCCGACCAUCGGCGUCACAUUGCCCGACGGCCACGGAGGCGAGACAACACGCACUAUCACCCUCCCGCCAUGGCCACAGGUGAACGGCGGGCCCACCGUCGAUUACACAGACCCAGGCACCGUGCCCGUCGACACCGGCGGCAGCAGCGGCCUGGGUAAAGCCACCACGUACUAUACACCCAUCGACGUCCCCGUCAUAGUGUCUGGCGCGACCGUUACGACGCUUACGUUCCCAGCCACGACUGGGGCCAUCACCAUCUCCUGCCCGGCCGAGACGUCCGUCAUCUUUGCCACGCCACCCAUUGCCGUUGCUACGACAUGCACCAGCUCAGGCUCGCUAACCUUCAACUUUGUCUGCCCAACUACUAAGGUGGUCACCUUCCUUGCAUCCACCAUAGCGAUGGUCUCCGUCGACUGCUCUCUAGUCACGACCUAG